GUGUUUGUAGUUGUUUGUUCUUGGAUUUCUUUUCUGGUUCAAGAAAAUGGUGGAUGUGAAGUCAAGACGAAGUGUGAAUCGGAUCAAGAAAUGUGCAUUUGAUCUUCUAUCGAUUGGAGAAAUGAGUGAUGAUGAGAGUUCUUGGGAUCUUAUGGGAAGAGAUUUGAGGCUCAAAUCAAUGUUCAUGUACUGUGAUUUCAGUCAGGUGAUCUCAAAUGCACCAGAGGAACAAAAGAAGAGCCUUACUGAUCUUGCUAAUAGGCUGUUUCAUUACAUAGAAGAGUUGGAUCAUGCAGUGAAAAUCCGUAGCAUUCCAUUAACGCAGAAUCGAUACAGCGACGCGGCUCUUGUAUUGCAAGAAGUGAUGGCAAUCAUGCUUUAAUUGAAAGGUAUAUAUUAGAACUAAUCCAACAGUUUCA